CUCUUCUGCGUGUGGAGAUUCGGUCUCCUGGGCAACGGCGGGCUGGCGUCUGCUCCUUCGCUCCCCUUCCCCCAACUUUCAAGCUCGCCUUAAUCCUACAGAGUACAUCAGAUUUCAACCAUGUCCACUCCUCCUCUAGCAGGGGCAGGAAUAGCCCCUGGACCAUUUUCCGGCCCCCAGUCUCAAGCUGCUCGCGAAGUGAACACUGCUUCUCUCUGUCGCAUUGGACAAGAGACUGUGCAGGAUAUUGUAUUUCGCACCAUGGAAAUAUUUCAGUUACUGAGAAAUAUGCAGCUUCCAAAUGGUGUCACCUAUCAUACGGGCACAUAUCAAGACAGAUUAGGAAAGCUGCAAGAGCACCUCCGUCAACUCUCAAUACUUUUUAGGAAACUGAGAUUAGUAUACGACAAAUGCAAUGAAAACUGUGCCGGGCUUGAUCCUAUUCCCAUAGAGCAACUCAUUCCUUAUGUUGAAGAGGAUGGCUCCAAGCACGAUGACCGAGGAGCAGCCAGUCAACUCCACUUUGCUAGCGAAGAGAGAAGGGAGAUCAUGGAAGUGAACAAGAAACUGAAACAGAAGAAUCAGCAGCUGAAACAAAUUAUGGAUCAAUUACGGAAUCUCAUUUGGGACAUCAAUGCCAUGUUGGCAAUGAGAAACUGAAAUAUGUUUUUAUUUUUUCUCAUUGUGACAGUUGAUUUUUUUUUUAUCUAUCGGGAAGAAAUGUAUUUUUCAAGAAUUCUUUUUUCCCCCCUUCCACUGACUAUUCCAUAUGCUUGUUUUUUUAAAAAAUAAA